CCGAGGCAGCCGCCGCCAUUUCGGCACCGUCCCCCGGAGCCGCUGGGCCUGAGCGGCUCCCCGUGCCCCGCCGCCGCCAUGAGCCGCCUCAGCGGCGGUUGGGACGGUGCCGGCGGGGAAGUCCAGCUCCUCCUGGACCUAUGCAUUCAGUGUUUGACAAAGAACGUUUCCAGAUAUAUUGCAGAUAUCAAGCCGUUGCCACCCAACAUAAAAGAUAAGCUAAUUAAAUUAAUGAGCAUGCAAGGGCAAAUAACGGAUUCAAAUAUCAGCGAGGUGUUGCAUCCUGCUGUAGAGUCCCUAGACCUCCGAGACUGUGAUAUUUCAGAUAACGCAUUGUUGCAGCUUUAUAACUGCAAGCAAUUGAAAAAAAUCAACUUAAAUUCUUGCAAAGAGAACAGAUUGGGAAUCACUUCAGAAGGUAUCAUAGCCCUGGCCUUAUCCUGUCCCUACCUGCGUGAAGCGUCUUUCAAAAGGUGCUGUGACAUAACUGACAGUGGAGUUCUCGCUCUUGCGCUCAACUGCCAAUUCUUACAAAUAGUGAAUUUGGGCAGCUGCUCGGGCAUCAUGGAUGCUUCUCUGCAGGCACUAGGAGAAAACUGCAAAUUUCUUCACAGUGUGGACUUUUCAUCCACUCAGGUAACAGAUGAUGGCGUUAUAGCACUAGUGAGUGGAGUGUGUUCAAAGAAUUUAAAGGAGAUCCACAUGGAACGCUGUGUAAAUCUGACUGAUGUUGCUGUGGAAGCAGUCCUGACUUGUUGUCCAAAGAUACACAUUUUUCUCUUCCAUGGAUGCCCACUGAUAACAGAUCGCUCCCGAGAUGUUCUAGAGCAGCUAGUCAUAUCAAACAAAAUCAAGCAAGUGACGUGGACCAUUUACUGAUUAUUUUUUGUCUGUGUAUGUAUGAGUGUAAAGUUUACAGGUGGGAGAGCUGCUUCAGAAAACAAGCACCUCGGAGAAACAGCUGGUGACUUUUGUACUUCCACAUUGCUUCUCUCCUUCUUCCCACCAGAGGUCUCCGUCGCCAUUCCUGUCCUUGCAUGUGAGCCUGGGCUCUCUGCUUAAGCAGAGUCCUGUCUGCAUCACUGGUCAUACACCAUUAAGAGGAAAGUUAAAAUGAUAAUCAGUAUUACACUGUCAUCUCUCAGCCUCUUUGAACGAUCAGAUUUGUCACUAUUUAGCAUCUUUUAGCAUCUUAGCUACUUACCUGAAUCUAGUAUUAAUUAUCUGUUCCGAGGUUGUAAUCUGAGAGGGUAGUUGCAAUUAAAAAUGCCAAGCCCGCACAUAAUACUUACACAGAAGUGUCUGCAAAGUUGGGACUUUAAUUUGACAAAAGUCAGCAGCGAGAACUGAUAAAUGGAAGUGUUAUUAAUAGCAGUGCAAAUAUAUUUUAUGUAGUAACAAUCUCCUUUUACUGUGUACUUUUUCUCAGCCUGGAGGAAAAACUGUACGUGCUUUUCUUUUGAUGUUACUGAUGCUAAAGGUUUCUGUCUUUAUGUACUAUCAAAUGUUUACAGGAGUUUUACACAUCCAAAAAUACAGUCUGUGAGCAUGUAAACAUAAAGUAGCUUUGAAAUUAUUGUGGUGAUUUAACAUAUUUCAGAAUAGUGCUUAUGACCAAUAAAAUAAUCUUGUAUAUGGGCAAAUA